GCGUUUCUUUUCUUCUUCUUUUUCACCCUUGCUGAUUCGACGCAUAUAUUACUUCCACCUGGGCGUCUGACCUUGAGAUCUACCCUUGUAGGUCAGAGGCCAUGAGUUGUGGAAGGAUCCACGUUGGUUCGACUCGAUUCUUUCUUGGACAUGGGAUUGUUUGUCUCCGUCGAGGAGAUGGUUUGUUUUCUUCGUCGUCUUCUUUUUUCUUAUUCUUACUUUCUCUUCGUUUUCUUCUGGGAUUUUUGCUUUCCCUGGUUCUCCCAUUUGCUCUGCGCCCCUUCGUCUCAACUGCCGAUACUCCACUGGGCAACAGAGCGAGAGAAGCUGGGGCCCGGAUAUACGGAGUAGACAUUCUCGAGUCCUCUCUGUUGGGCUGCUUCGUGAGACGCCAAACAGUGACAGUCCCUGGUGGCACCGUCACGCAGAGCUGAGAUUCUCAGGGGAAGACUAAGGAGCUUAUGCCUGGAAUGGGGAUCUGGUCAAUCGCAAAAUCGUCCGGCAGCGAAAACAUGGCGCUUUAAUCGGGCGUAAGUAUGGGGUUCUCUUUGUACAU